AGCAAAGGCUCAUGACCUGCCCGGUCAAAAGAGAGAGCGCUGCGAGCGUUGCCUUUCCAUUCAGCCAUGCCCUGUACUGUAUGAGAACGCAUUCUCGUCACUCAAGAGGGGGAUGUUGCUCCUUGGCCUCAACUCGCCUUUUUCGUGGUUGCUUUGGAAGCACUGAAGGAGGGAAAAACCCCUGUGACGAGGUGCGCCGCGUGCCCUGGUCACUUUGCGACCUUCCCAGACCCGCGGAGCAACAGAACCACAAGCACAGCCGUUGCUGCUCCGUGCGAGCCUUCAGUUGGUGAUGGCACAGUUCUUGCUCAAAGGUUGCAAGGCCUGACGGAAUGAAGCGACACAAUGGUUUUUGCCGUUAGUUGGAACCAAAGCGCUGAGUCCAUCUCAAGCAUUUGAAGGCAGAUUCAAUUAAUGAUCUUUUGGCCGUGACAGUUUGCAGGGUACAUGGAAUCAUGUUCGGGGCCUCGAUUUUUUUGUGCUUCUUCCCAUCAACUUCUGCAGUGAUCAGUGCCAGCCUCGCUCAUGGCGGGCCGCAAGCGAAAGCUUUCACAGCCGCAAUUGCCCACAGACUUCAUGUCGCUGGAAUUGGAGUCAGAGAGCGAGACAGAGGAAGAAACCCGCCCAGCUGGCUUCAGCUGGGCUAGCCCACGUGCAGCGUCUAUGGACUGGUCCUGCACCGAUCUGAUGCUGGACCACGAGAUGAUGCCUGGCGGCUUGCGGCUGCAGCGCGCUCCCCAGCUGUUGCCGGGGCUGUGGGCCUUUGCCCGCGGCCGGCAUGGUGCGUAUCAGGGCCGCCACAGCUGGCGUGUGAAGAUUCCCGCACGGCCGAAGGCCAAUUCAUUGCUCUUUGGCGUGCUGGUGCAGUGGCCCGGCUGUCAGCCACUCCCCGGACCUGGCGAGUCCCCGCACCUUGUUUUGUUGGCAGACUCCGGCGAGCACGUCUUCACCUCGGGUCUGUCUGGGGAUUUGUUGCGGACGAAUUUGCUUCGCGGCCUGCGGGCAGGCGACGUGGUGGAGGUCCAGGCUGACUUCAGCCAGCGGCGCCUUCGCUUCCGCCUGGGCCCGGAAGAAGCGGAGGUGUCGCUUCCGGGGAGGCGGGACACGGCACGGAGCAGCGGCGCGGCGGGGCCUUCGCGCUUGCGGGAGGCGGCUUUCCACUUCUUCGUUGCUUUGCGGGAGGGCGCAGUGGAGCUUUCCGAGCCGAGCGGCGUGGGCGGUGUGGGGCCACGCAGCACCCCGGAGGCCCUUGUGUUGGCAGGCCCCCAGGGCAGUGGCAAGACCCGGUGGGCGCAGCAGGCGGCAGCCGCCAGCGGCAUUGGCUUGGUUCUGAAUGCGGAAUGGUUGCUGCACCGCUCCAACUUUUGCGAAGCUGUGGCCAGUGACGAUGAAGAUCUGGAAGUAACGGAUCCUGCGAAAUAUCGCCAGAAAAUGGCAGAGCUGCUGGCAAAGGCUUUUAGCCUUCCAGACCCGGAGGAGCCAGAGCUGCAGAAAGCGCUUGGCAUGGCUGAGGCGCGCAGACUUCUGCCGGAGGUGCUGCCCAGUUUGCUGGCCCGGGCUGCGCAGCGCGGGGUGGGCGUCGUUGCAGACGACGAGCACUUGCAGGCGCAGAGCCGCGCUCGGGUGCGCGCCGCGCUGGUUCGCUUCCCGGGGCGCGUGCGCUGGGUGGUGGUCAUCCCUGACAACGUGGAGGAGCUGCAGAGGCGCAUCAAGGCCAGAGAAGCGAUGGAGGCGACGGCCACGGAGCCGGAGGUGGCUGGAUCUGCCUCCCUGCCGGGGGACGGAGAAGCCGUGCCUGUGGAGUACGCGGAGGGCAGUGCUGCGGCCUGCCGUGAGGUGUUCCGAGUCUGGCAAGGGCACGUCCGACAUCCGGAGCAAAGUCAAUGCGUGCAGAGCUUUUUUGAACCCUUUGGAGAGGUGAAUGGAUUUGUCAGCACGGAGGGCAUGCGCCGCUACUAGUACGCCUGCAACAUCAUUGAGCGCGGAUGAGAGAUGCCCUCCACGGACUCCGCGCAGCUGCUCCUCGGCCCAACCGGCGAAGUUGGUCAAGGCGAGUCUCUGACGUGACUUCGAUCCCUUCAAGAUGCUUCCGAAAGGAGUUGUUGCGACUCAGGCGAUUCAAGACAAC